AUGGAAGAAGAUAAAAAAUUUAAGCUUAAAUUAGGAAUUACCAAGCCGCCUCCCUUCGAUCCAGAUACUUUUAACAUCUUCAGUGCUGUUUCUUACGGUAAAUUAACAGCUAUAGUAGACCACUUCGAAAUUCUUGAUGAGGGAGGGAUCAGCUACCUCCUUGCUGAAAGAGAUGAUAAGGGCAAUAUCCCACUUGAUUUAGCAGUCUACCUCGGAUUCAAGAAUAUUGUCCUCUAUUUCUUAAAGUGAGGCGCUGAGCUAAACUCUGUGGAUCUCAAGCAACGUAACCUGUUUCAUAAUCUAUGCUACAAGAGGAACUUCACGACUUUGAUAACUAUCCAGAACUUUGUUAUAAAUGAUUUCAAGGAGAGGCUGCAUCAAGACCUGAUCAGCACCAAGCAUACCUAUGGCUUAAAGAAUAUUGACGUUAAGCAGGGCAAACUGAUCAAGUCAGGCUACAUCAGCAAGAAGAUCCAGAAUAACUUCAAAGACUUUAUGGCUGCAAUCGAAAGUCUGGCUAUUAACAUUCAUGAAGAAUACAUUCAGUUCUACAGGACUGUCCUGUCCCAACAGGAUGAAGAGGGUAGAACACCCCUCCAUUUCUCCACAUUUGAAAAACUUGUGACGUCUUUACUGAGUUUUGGCCUUGAGAAUACAGAGGGAUUUGAGGAAUUUAGCUAUGACUGCCAGCAGCUCAAGUUCUUGGAAGAUGAUUCAAUCAAAACCUUAGAUCCCAGGAAACAUUUUGACAUUAUGAAUGAGCUAAAACACUUUUUAGAACCAUCUGUGUAUAAAAAGAUUAUCAAGACUUAUAAGAAAGACAAGAAGGCUUUGAUCAAGGAGGUACUUAACACAGAGGAUAUCAACGAUCAAACCCCACUGCAUAUCGUCAGUCGAAGGGGUAAUUAUGUCCUUGUCAGAUUCUUCUUGAGAUUAGGAGCAGAUGCUAACCUUAGAGAUUGCCAGAGAAAGAACCCUCUUGAUAUUGCUAAGAAUAAAUAUGUCAGGCAAGCCUUGACAAAUCUCAACGACGAAGCUUCUAAAGGGAAUGACAAGAAUAUCACAAGACUGUGUGAGGAAGGUGACAAUAUUAAUGAACGAAAUGAUAUUCUUGGAGAAGCCCCUAUUCAUAGGGCAGUCCUUUCUAAGCUUAAAAGCAAGGUCUCAGCUCUGAGAACUAUUCUCGACCAAGAUGCAAAUGUUGAUCUCGUAGACAAUAAUGGCUGGACUGCUCUACAUCAUGCUGCUUACAACGGCGAGUAUGAGUCUGCAGUAGAAUUGAUCUCUAAUGGAGCUAAUGUCAAUUGAUACUCUAAUUCCAUGAAAACUCCCCUACAUUUCGCUGCACUUAACGACCAUGCUGAUGUAGUCAACCUACUCGUAACUAAAGGUGCAAAAAUUGAAGGAAUUUCUAACAAAGAAAUCCAGAAAUUUGCGCCUCAGAACAGUUCUCUAAUUAUGGAUAACAUCUCUCCUCUACUUAUAGCAUCAAGAAAAGGCCACACUAACUGUUUUGAGCUGCUCCUCAGUUUAGGUGCUAAUCUUCAUGAAACUGAUGUACGAGAAUGGAACUGCUUGCACUUUGCAGCUUACAAUGGUCAUCACGAACUCGUGAACAAAAUCUUACAAAUAGAUCACCCAGAGAAUAUUCUGAUAAAGCAAAAGAACAAACAAGAACAUCUUCCAUUUGACAUCUGUAAAAACGAGAAGACCAAAUUUUAUUUUAGAAAGAAAUAAGAAGGAUGACGAAGACGCCAUUAAAAGGAAAUUUCUAGAACUUAGAAAAAAGAAGAAACUCGAGAAUCAGAAGAAACCCAAGACUAAGAAGACCAGUGGAAAGGCUACGAAAAAGCCACUCAAAGAAGAAAAUAAGGAGAGUGAUGACGAUUACUCAAUGGAUGAAGACCAUGAUGAGGAUGAUAAGAAAGCAUUAGAUUCGGAUAAGAGGAAGAAGAAUAAGGACAAUACUAGUAACAAGAAGAGCGAAGUUAAGGGAAUUAAUUCAAAAAUUAAGGACCCCUUCUCAAAGAAAGCUUCAAAAUCGUCUCUGAAGGAUUCUGCUAGAAGCUCUAAGAAAUUAGGUAAAUAA